CCACAGCUGAGAUGUCUUGCCAGCAGAGCCAGCAGCAGUGCCAGCCCCCUGCCAAGUGCCCUCCCAAGUGCCAGACUCCAAAGUGUCCUCCAAAAUGUCCCCCAAAAUGUCCUCCCAAGUGUCCCCCUGUGUCUUCCUGCUGUAGCCUGGGUUCUGGGGGCUGCUGCAGUUCUGGUAGCUGCUGUGGCUCCAGCUCUGGUGGCUGCUGCAGCACUGGGGGAGGAGGCUGCUGCCUGAGUCACCACAGACGUCGCAGAUCUCUCAGUCGCCAUCGCCACAGCUCUGGAUGCUGUAGCAGUGGUGGCAGCAGUGACUGCUGUGGCAGCAGUGGCUGCUGUGGCAGCAGCCAGCAGUCUGGAGAUUGCUGCUGACCUGGGUGUGGAAGACUUCACACAAAUGGUGUUGGAGGAUUCAUGCUCAGAAGACACCCCAAUUCUUCUUCCUCUCUUCUCCUGCUUUCCUCCUUACUCUGCUCUCUGAUGUGCUGAAAACUCCUAAAAAUGUUCUGUAUUCUCCUCAGAAAAUAUCAAUCCCUCGUUUCUUCUGUGUUAUAAAUUUAAAAAGCCUUGAUAAUCCUCCCUGACAAGAUGAUUGCAUAUUUUUUCAUGGCUUAUCCUGUUUCCCAUCUCAUAGUCAUCUUUUCCUUCCAACAGACCAUGGUAUCCAGAGCUAUUGUCCUCUUUUAGAAGUGUGUGUCUUUUCUUUGAUGUUAUAUAAACUGCUGUACUCUAUCUGUAUAACUUUAUUUCUCUUUGUAAUAUUAAACUUGGUUUGAAUACAUAAA